AUGGAGUCGGCGGGAGGGGAAGGGGCGGUGGGGGCAGAGGACCCGACGGCGCGGGCGGCGAGGAAGCGGUACGAGCGGCUGCUGGCGGUGCGGAGCAAAGCGACAAAAGGGAAAGGGGCGUGGUAUUGGGUCCACCUGGAGCCCAUCCUGGUCACGGCCGCCGGGGCGGCGUACCCCUCGGCCGCGAAGCUCCGGUGCACGCUCUGCGCGUCCUUGUUCUCCGCCUCGAACCCUUCGCGCACUGCCUCCGAGCACCUUAAGCGCCGCGCGUGUCCCCACUUCUCCUCCCCCUCUUCCGCGUCCGCCGCCCCUGACCGCGCUGCUUCCCUUGCGGCCCCUGUCGAUCCCGUCCCUAUUUCAUCCCUCCCCCCCGCCUCCCCCCGUCUUCGUCGCCACCGCCCCCUCACCCGGCGGUGCGACGCAACCCGACCGCUACACCAGCCCAGGCCGAGGCUGUUGCUCUCCGGCGGGAAGGAGGACCUCGUCGCGCUGGAGAGGCUGGAGGACAGCGUCAAGAGGCUUAAGAGCCCGAUUGCAUCCCUCGCCGCCCUCCCCAAGCCCCAGGCGGACUCUGCUCUAGCCCUGCUUUCCGACUGGCUCUUCGAUUCGGCCGGUGCAGUCUCCCCCUCAGCACUUGAUCAUCCAAAGUUCCAAUCUUUUCUCAACCAGGUCGGGCUUUCCUCGAUCUCCUCCCGCCAGCUCGUUUUCUCUCCCCUCGAAGCUCGAUACCACGAGGUCCUGUCGGAAUCUGAGGCCAGAAUCCGCGAUGCCGCAUUCUUCCAGCUUGCCUCUGACGGCUGGAAAUCGUCGGCAACGUCGUCGGAGAAUACAUUGGUGACCUUCGCCGUGAACCUCCCCAAUGGGACCACAUUGUUCCACCGUACGCUGCUCAUCAACGGGGGAGCCACUUCUGACUACGCCGAGGAGCUCCUUUGGGACGCUGUCUCCAAAAUUAGUAGCGAUCGCUCCGACCGAUGCGCUGGCAUCGUCGCCAACCGCUUCGGCACCAAGGCCCUUCGCAACCUCGAGGGCCGUGGCCAGAGGAUGGUGAACCUCUCCUGCCAACUCCAAGCAUUCAAUAGCCUGCUCGUAGACUUCACGCGGUAUCUUCCAACCUUUGCUCGAGCGUCGGCCAAUUGCUCGAAGCUUGGCCAUUUCUUCAACACCCAGUCUCGAGUUCGAAGAAUCUUCCACAAGUAUCAGCACGAAGAACACGGUCACACGCGCCUCCUUCGAAGCUGCUCGUCCGCCACCGGUAGCAGCAACAAACGCACCGACUUCCCAACCUACUUCGCCGUGUUGGAGGACGUCAUGGACUUUGCGCGCCCAAUCCAAAUGACCGUCCUCCACGAGGACUACAAGAUCUACUGCGCCGAGGAGCCAAUUGCCAAAGACAUGGCCGAACUGAUUCAGGACGGCAGAUUUUGGACCGAGCUGGAGGCGGUUCGCUCGCUGGUCAUCCUGGUACAAUCCAUAACUCAAGAAAUCGUGACAGAGCGACCAUUAAUCGGGCAAUGCUUACCUCUGUGGGACGAGCUGCGGUCCAAGGUCAGAGAAUGGCGCGCUAAGUUCAACUUCGACGGUUCUCUGGUCGAGAACUUAAUCGAGAAAAGGUUCCAGAAGAACUACUGCGCGGCUUGGUCCGCCGCGUUCGUGUUGGAUCCCCUGUUUCUAGUGAAGAAUACGAGCGGCAAGUACCUCCCGCAGUUCAACCGCCUGUCGCCAGAGCAGGAAAAGGACGUGGACCAGCUCAUCAAGCGGCUGGUGUCGCCGGAGGACGUCCACAUUGUGCUGAUGGAGCUAAUGAAGUGGAGGUCGGAAGGCUUGCAUCCGCUCUACGCGCAGGCUGUGCAGGUGAAGAACCACGACCCAUCGACAGGGAAGACGAGGAUCGCCAACCCGCAGAGCCGCCUCCUCGUCUGGGAAACCUGCCUCAACGAGUUCAAAUGCCUGCAGCAAGUAGCCAUGCGGCUCAUCUUCCUGCACGCCACUUCCGGCGGCCUCAAACGCAACUCCGCUUUGAUGCAGUGGAUGCGCACGCACGCGCAGUCCCCGGCUGCACAAAAGAUCGCUUUUCUCACGGCGCAGUCCAUGAUCGGAAGGAGAGCCUUCUCCAGCGAGGAGGAAAAGGAUGCAGCGCUCCUCAACAUGGCCGACGACGGCGACGACGUGGUCAGUGAGUUUGUGGAGGACCCAUCAUCGGCGUAA